AUGGCUGCUGAGCGGUCGGGACUGAUCUGCCCAAAGGGGCCUUUAGAUGAGCGGCUCGAUCAACUUCUUCGACAGUUCUGGGAAGUGGAAACCUGCACCGAUCCAAUUGUGAAGGCGUCAAAGAAAGAACUGGAUUGCGAGAGUCACUUUGUUAAAAACUUCGUGCGGCUCUACGAGAGGAAACUGUCUCAUCAGCCCGAACUGCUCACUCAGUAUUCGGCCUUCAUAAAGGAGUAUCUUAACCUAGGUCAUAUGUCCCUGGUUCCGCCGGAGUUGCAUCGAGACUGCAAAUAUUUUCUGCCACAUCACUGUGUGCUAAAGAAGGACAGCACUACGACGAAACUUAGAGUGGUGUUCGGCAGUUUCGCUGUUACCACCUCCUGUUAUUCUUUGAAUGACAUAUUAAUGGCUGGGUCGGUCAUCCAACCUAAGGUUUUUUACAUCCUGCUGAGGUUUCGUUCGCAUCCGGUAGCGCUGACUGGCGACAUUUGUAAGAUGUACCGUUGUGUGAGGAUGGCGUCGUCUGACAGCUUCUUGCAGUGUAUUCUGUGGCGAGAUUCCCCUCUGGAGGAGCUACAAACAUAUAAAUUGGACACUGUUACAUAUGGAACAAAGCCUGCGUCCUAUCUAUCCGUACGAGCGAUGCACCAAUUAGCUAAGGACGAGGUGGAAGACUUUCCAGUGGGAUCCGAAAUCUUGUUUCGAGAUUUUUACGUUGAUCAUCUCAUUUCUGGUGGCAGCUCCAAGGAGGAGGUUGUUGGCAUUUUAGGGCAGAUUUCAGCGCUUUUGUGUAAGGGCGAGUUUCAGCUGCGGAAAUGGUGCUCUAAUAUCCCUAGGACUGUGUUGGACGGCGUGUCUAAAGGGGAUCGUGAGUCUUAUCUAACUUUUGAUGACGGCAACUUCACGAAAACGUUUGGAUUGGCUUGGGAUCUCUCCACAGAUCAGCUGCUGCUUUCGAUUUCUGCUCUUCAGUCCACUUCGAAGCUGUCCUAUCAUCAAUAA